ACAAAAUUGACUUGCAGCUUGGUGCACCGAGGAAACACUUCAUAAUCUACGGUGACUUUCUGCACUGGGAAAUAUGCAAAACCCUGGUGCACAUGAAAACACAGGUUUGCAGUCCCAGCCGCCUCCUGAGGAGCAGAAUUAUGGAGCUACUGCAGCACAUGUGAGACAAGGUCCAUUCGUGUCUGUGUCAAGGACCGCUCCAGCAAAGAACAAAUACCUGAUAGCUGCUGUGCUGUGCUAUGCCAAUUUAAUAAAUUUCAUGGAUUGGUUCAUUGUACCAGGGAUCCUGUUAGAUAUACAGAAAUACUUCAAGCUUAGUGAUGGGGGUACAGGUCUACUGCAAACAGUGUUCAUCUUGUGUUACAUGCUGGCUGCACCCAUCUUUGGAUACCUCGGUGACCGCUGCAAUAGGAAGAUCAUCCUUGGAGCUGGUAUCUUCUUCUGGUCUAGCGUAACAUUAGGCAGUUCAUUCAUCAGUGAAUUGUAUUACUGGAUAUUCUUCCUUUUACGAGGACUAGUUGGCAUUGGCACGGCCAGUUAUUCCACAAUAGCACCUACCAUCAUUGCAGACCUGUUUGAGGAAGGAAAAAGGACCACAAUGCUAUCUAUCUUCUAUAUCUUCAUUCCAGUGGGAAGUGGUCUUGGUUAUGUCCUAGCAGCUGGCAUGGCAGAUGCCACAGGUGACUGGCGCUGGGCAUUCAGGGUAACUCCUUGCAUGGGAGGUGUAGCACUGGUUCUUCUGAUUCUACUGGUCCCUCACAGGACCCAGAGAAGGACAGCAGCACACAGAGCACUGAGCAUCUCCGGCACAAUACGAGUAGCAGCUGAGAAACCAGGUGUACACAGAACUGCCAAGACUACUUGGUGUCAAGAUGUCAUAUCACUUGCCAAGAAUUGGAGUUUUGUCUGGUCCUCUCUGGGUCUGACUGCCAUGGCCUUUGUUACUGGAGCCCUAGGAAUGUGGGUACCGGUGUUUCUCUACAGGGCUCAGGUUGUCCAGGGCAUUGUACCACCAUGCCUCCGUGAAUCAUGCAAUUCAUCUAACAGCCUAAUAUUUGGAGGCAUCACCGUUGGGACAGGAAUCUUGGGCGUCACUGCUGGGGCAGAAGCUGCAAGAAGAUUAAGGAAGAUAAACAAUAAAGCUGAUCCUCUGAUCUGUGCCACAAGCAUGUUCAUUUCUGCUCUCUGCCUCUACAUAGCUCUGAUGGUGGCCCAGACAAACAUCCUUUCCACUUUUAUUUUUAUUGCACUUGGAGAACUGUUUUUAUCUGUAAACUGGGCUGUUGUGACAGACAUACUGUUGUAUGUUGUGACACCAAGACGGCAGUCUACAGCUAUUGCCCUGCAGAUUUUGGUGAGCCAUUUGCUGGGAGAUGCAGGCAGCCCAUAUCUCAUUGGGACUAUCUCCCAUGCUAUCCAGGACAAGAAUGCUCAUUCAUUCCAGUGGAGUUUCUGGAGCAUGCAGUACAGCUUCAUCGUGUGUUCUUUUAUCGGUGUCUGUGGAGGAGCUUUUUUCCUCCUGACAUCUUUCCACAUCGAGGAAGAUCGUAAGGAAGCGGAGCGACUUUGAGGUACCAGAAAUGAAUGCUGUCUUUCAAAUGAAAAUGAACUCUGGGGCAAGAUUUGCAAAGAAGAAAAGAACGUCCUCCCCUUUUUCUUUCCUUUUUGCUUAAUGAGAUACUGCUAGAAAAAAAGGCCGAAUAACAAUCCCUCCAUAUGGCAGAAAAUCCUGCAUUCUGACUUUUUGGGAUGCUUUUGACUGUGAGUCAAAAAUUGCUACUGCACUGGCAUAUGGCAACCCUCCCCCAUCUGCAGAACAGGCCCGAGUAUUCUGGGGAGCUGGGGAGCUCCAGAAGGUAGCAUAUAGAGCCGUCACAGGCACGACUGCUAACCUAAACGAGACAGUAGCAUUUAAGGCAGAACAUCUCAUGGAGAUUAGGAAGGGAGGCCUAUGAAUUCUCAGCAGGAUAAGAUGUGCCUGUAGAAUUUGGAAAAUGGAGACAGUACAAAAUGUGUUUUCAGUCAUCUGAAAUGACCAAGAGAAGCAGAAACUACCAAAGUCAGUGUCACAUUCAAGAGUGGAGGGUUGUGAUCAUUUUAUAUGUAAUAUGUUAACGGCCUCUUUAUAAUCCUUUGAGACUCUUCAGCGUGUCCUCAGGCCUUGGGUAAGUAUCUCCUCGUGAGUGAACAGUAGUAGCUGUAGAACCACUUAAAUAUAACAAUCCAUUUGAGCUCUUAUCUCUAAAGUGCAUAAGACUUUGGAUGUGAUAUCUAUUGUCACAAUAUCAUGCCAGGUGCCAAACCGGACAUGAUUAGUGCCGCCAAUUUUCAUUGUUUGAGGUGAUGUUGUUCCCAGCAGCACCUUAAAGCCAAAGCCUGAGGAAGAUAUUAACAAGUGAACUGUGAAGUAUUCUGAAUUUUGCCUGAUUCUCCCAGUAAAUCAUAAGGGUCACAAAGCACAAUAUUCCUGUAAUGACUGUGAAUAUCUAAUGUCAUUAUAAAUAGCAUAUAAAUAGCAACUGCAGGUUUUUGUUUCUCCCCCUCUCUCCCUCAUUUUUAAAAAAUCUGUUCUGAAACCUGACUUAAACUCAAGUAGUGAAAUUUGGCCAGAGCUUAUGCCAUUAUAGGAAAUAAUAGAGAAACUAUCUUGUGAUACUUAGUAAGCAUGUAAUAGUAAUUCGCUUUAUGCCCAGAAACUGAUGGAAGAGUUCUGUGACAAGUGCACAUCAGUAUUUUAGGCUGUAAAAUUAUUUUGAUUUUGUUUAAUUCUCUGUGCUGGUGACAACAGUGCCAAAUCAAUCCUUCCUUAGUAUCUUAUCAGAAUUCCUCAGAAGCUGCAUAUAAGUGUACUGCCAUAAAGAUUUGCAUUGUGCUUCAAGUCUCUUGUACACAAUAUAUAGACAUGUAUAUUCUGAAAUUGUCUGGGGAUAUUGGUCUUAGGUAAUGAUUUCGUUUUGGUAAAGAAUUAAUUUUAUGAGGUAACCUGAUACUAUGAAAGGUGUUGAGCUUGGAUUUGCAGAGCUCUGAGCAUCAGUAAUAGAAUCACAAGAUUCGACCUUUGUUGCCAAACUUUAAAGUUUGCAAUUGCUAAAAUCAUUGACAGCUGCAAACCAGAUGCUCCCAACACCACAGCUGAUUCCUUGAAACUCAGGCAGACGUUCCAAGAUCUUGAGAAUCAUUGGGUUUUCCCAUUAAUCAGCUAUGGUAGGAUUUAAGGAGCUUGAUAGUACUUCUCUAUUGAUACUGUCAUGAUUUGCCCUGUAAACAGAUGAUCUAUUUAUCACUUUUGUUAAGUCAGCAUUAAAUUCUUCUUUUAAAAAAAAUAAUCAGAAAGUGUGUCUGGAAUACCGUGGAGGCACGCAUUUGACAUAUGAGCAAGA